AAGUCAGCAUUUGUGGAGCUGGUUCAAACUUUGCUUGAAGACCAAUCUGGAAGAGAGAAUUUUUUCAAAGAGGUCUUCCCAGUCCGGUAUGGAGCUUGUUUUGAUACAACGCUGCAGAUUCUGGUGUGGGAGUUCUUCCACCAACUGGAAGAGUUCCUCCCAGUUCCACGUUUUUCACAGGUGUGCUCCAUGUUUGACAUUUCUUCCAUUGACGAGGAGUUUGAGCAGUUUCUCUCUGACCCUGAGGAUCUGAAGAGGAUUUUGCAGCACCAACAAGAGCGGCAAAAGUUGACUAAAAGUGAAUUCACCUUCAUGUCAGACACCAUCCUCUCCACGCUCGCCUCGACUCUCCAUGUUCAGAAGAAGCUGCAGAGCCAGGUGAUGGUGAAACAGCUGUUGAAGCCACCACUCAGACACCCAGAUGUUCAGUGGAUGAAGUGAAGGAACGUCUGGAUCUGAGGAGGAACAAGAAAGCAUCAGAGAGCAGGAUCCAGUCCUUGACAGAAGGCAGAGCUGAUGUCUCGCUUCCAUUCAGUGAGGGCUCCGUAAGAGCCAAUGAAAACAGACUGGAGUGUGGCAAGACCCUUGUAUCUUGUUCCCCCUGAAACAACAUCCCUUGUUCACACUUCUGCCGACCAUUCAAGUGCACUCAGUGUAACAAGGCAUACAAAUGGCGCCAACACCUGAAACACCAUACUCACUCACUCUAAAUGGCCUGUCCGGUCUUUGCUUGCAGCCUUUGUGAGAAGAGAUUUAGUUCUCAAUCUUUACUUAAGUUCAUCUGCGUCGACACAGCGGAGAGGCCAUUUGGCUGCUCGUACUGUGACAAGCGGUUCUUGACAAAGCCAGUUUUAAAGUCCCACGUGCGCAUUCACACCGGUGAGCGACCAUAUGCCUGUACUUUUUGUGGCAAGAGAUUCACACAGUCAUAUCCGCUGGCUGUUCACCUCAGGAUGCAUAAGAAAGAGAAGCCGUACCUGUGCAGCACAUGUGGUAUGUCCUUUUGUAGCUCUGGGGCCUUGCUGGUCCACACACGCAUGCACACAGGGGAGCGUCCUAAUCAAUGUACAUCUGUGGAAAAGGUUUUACCACAGCUAUGCAUUUGACACAACAUCGGCGAUACCACACCGGAGAGAGGCCGUAUGCUUGCUCACAAUGUGACAAAUCGUUCCACUGUAAAUCAGGGCUGAAGAGACACAUGAGGACACACACGGGGGACAAACCUUACCAGGUUAACAUGUCACAAGACUUUUUCACAAAACCAACUGAGGUUACACCUCAAGGUGCAAAGAUCAUCUAGCAUUGUUGGGUUUUUUAGUAUAUCAGUAGUGAUAAAAAAAGCCUGUUUAUUUCACGCCAGGAUGUGCUGUUUUGAUGCAUUUUAUAUGUCAGUAAUCACCAACAUGUAUGUAUUUUAGUAUAUGUAAAUAUUACACGUGUGGUAUAAUGUGUACACAAAUUGGACAUUCACCCCUCACGCUAAUUCACAGAGAGUAUCCGGGGUAGGUGGUCAGUAGUAACAGAGUGAACCAAUGUCUGAAAAACACAUCUGCAGGAUCAAGUGGGGCUCUGUGGAGAACCAACUUGCCAUUAGUGAGGUCCAAAGUAUUUCUACUCGGCCCUGUCUGCAGAUUUUUGUCAUAAAACUGAGGGAUCAUUCUCUCCACUUAAAAUGGCUAGAACUGUUUAAUUUAAAUCAGCAGAAUUUAAGAGACUUGCUUAAAUUACAAGGAGCCUUGUAACUUUUCUGCAGUUAAAGGUCCUUGCCAAGACACUUCUUAGCCUGUGUUCAACCAAACAUACUUAAACUAUCAAAAGUAAAUGUACUAGUUAUUCAAAAGGUGCCUUUUUCAAAGUGUACUGUAAAUAAAUGUUUGUAUUUGGCAUA